AUGGAAAGAAAAUAUCAGAAGAUAAGAGAAAAGGAUGAAGAGAAAAAGCAACCAGAGCUAUGUGCAGCAGCAGCAGCGGCCUGCUCACCACCUUCAGCUUCAUCGUCUCCUGAAUUCUCCUUCUCCAUGUCUCUCCAUCCAUCGGCCACAAAAAUCCCAGCCGGUAAAAAUAAAUCAUCCCUUCCUUCGUUUGCUUUAGAUUUAUCUCCAGCAGAUGAUAUAUUCUUUCAUGGCCAUUUACUUCCUCUCCAUCUCCUUUCCAACCUUCCGAUCUUGCCACGCUCUUCCACCAAUUCUUUGGAUAGUUUGACGCUACCCAUAAAAGAACUAAGUAAUGAAGGUAACAGUACUGAUCACCAAAACUUCGAUGAAAUCAAUGAAUUUGAAGCGAAAGGGAGGGAAAAGUCGAAAUCUUUCUCUUUAUUCGGGCUAUCAAAGUGGAGAAAAGGGUGUGAACAUAGAGCAAAGGAAGAGAAGAAGACGACAAAGUUGAAGUUCGAGUUAAGUCAUGUGGUGAAAAGGUACAUGAGAAUGGUUAGGCCAUUGUUUUCAUUCAAAAACAGAAGAGGAAAUGCUGACUUUGGGAGACAACCUUAUUCACUUUCGGGGAAUUUAAUGUUUAAAAACAAGAAAGAAUUGAGAGGAAAGAGAGGUGAAUUUUCGGCUCCAGCUUCAAUGAGGACAUCUCCAAGAAAUAGUGGUCUUUUAGUGGCUACUGGCAAUCUUACUCCAACUAGUAGUAGUGACAGCACCAUGGAAGAAUUGCAGGCAGCAAUUCAAGCUGCAAUUGCUCAUUGCAAAAAGUCCAUAGUAAUGGAAGAUAAAUUGAAUUCCCGUGAAAAGAUUUGA